AAGAUCAGAUGGAAGUGCAGUGGCUUCAAAACAGCACUCCCGGGAAGUCUAGUGUAUAUAAACAUAAUUGGUGGGAACCCAUGCCCACGCCUUUACCCCAAUAUCAACAUUUUGAUCCACCGAUAGGGACUUGUCUCCAGGUUAUGUGAAAAUCCCACACCGAUUUCCCGUUCCACUACAGUAGACUACUAUCGCGUCCUGCAGAAACAGAUAGAGAUCCCAGGAAGGGCCUCCACACAGCAGACAUGGGCUACAUUACUCUGCCACGCCGCCUGUUCCUUUGGUGCAUGGCUCUCAUCUACAUGGUAGCCUUCGUCUCCCUCUACCUGCAGAUACCAGGUGUGUGUUUUCCAGGCCUGUAUGGAAAUGAUGGCCUGUUACCAGCACGGUGGCAACUGCGGUACAGUGGUAAGGCUCUCUGGGAGCAGCUCCUCUCCUCUCCCACCUUACUGUGGCUCGCGCCACGUCUGGGUCUUGACACCCAGACUGCCAUGGAGCUGCUCUGCCUGCUAGGGGCAGCACUGAGCCUGGCUGCUACAGUACUGGAAUCACUCAGAGACAGCUUGGUGUUUCUAUUUCUCUGGAUCAUGUACCUGUCAAUGUACCAGGUGGGACAGGUCUUCCUCUACUUCCAGUGGGACUCUCUUCUCCUGGAGACUGGGUUCCUCUGUGUGCUCAUCGCCCCGGUGACGUCUUUGCGGGGGUGGCGAGCGGGCAGGGAGCACGACCCUGUGACCUUCUGGUUGGUCCGUUGGCUGCUGUUCAGACUGAUGUUCGCCUCCGGAGUCGUCAAACUCACCUCCCGCUGCCCUACCUGGUGGGGCCUCACAGCGCUGACAUAUCACUACGAGACCCAGUGUAUCCCUACACCCUUGGCCUGGUUUGCCCACCAGCUGCCCGUCUGGUGGCAUAAGCUGUCUGUGGUAGCCACCUUCGCCAUUGAGAUCGCUGCUCCAUUCCUCUUCCUCAGCCCUCUACGUCGACUUCGCCUCGGGGCCUUCUACAUGCAGGUGGUACUGCAGGUGCUGAUCAUCCUGUCUGGAAACUAUAACUUCUUCAACCUCCUGACUCUGACAAUGUGUCUGUCUCUGCUGGACGACGAGCAUAUAUACUUCUGGCUACGCAAGAAAUACACUCCUAACCCUAACCAAGGUUCCUUGUUGUGGUGGGCAGGGUUUGUGGUGGAGAUUGCAGUCUGGGCUCUAAUUGGCUUCGGAAUGGUCACAUGGUUUGACCUGCAGAUCAACUGGGACAAGGGGACUGUCUCCUCCAGGACAGUGUUUACCUUCCACCAGUUUAACCAGUUCCUGAAGACUGUCACCUUCCCCUCGGUCUGGCUGGGAGUACUGUCUCUCACCUGGGAACUAGUCUCUUCCAUGUUCAGGUGUGCGUGUGUGGAAGGGUUCUUCAAGAGGUUUUUGGGUACAGUCCAGUGGACAGUGUUUGGUGCUGCUGCUGUCUCUAUGUUUGCCAUCAGUCUGGUCCCAUUCACCUUCAUAGAGUAUGACAGUAACGCCAGUGUGUGGCCGGGGGUGCGUCAGGGUUAUGAUGCGGUCAGUCGUUACCAGCUGGUCAACUCCUACGGCCUGUUCAGACGCAUGACUGGGGUGGGGGGGCGGCCCGAGGUGGUCAUCGAGGGAUCCAUGGAUAAAGUCACCUGGACGGAGAUAGAAUUUAUGUAUAAGCCAGGGAACCUCAGUGCCCCUCCCUCGGUCAUCACCCCUCAUCAACCACGGCUGGACUGGCAGAUGUGGUUUGCAGCCCUGGGAACACAUACGCACUCUCCCUGGUUCACCAGCCUAAUGUACAGACUGCUGCAGGGCAAGAGGGACGUGAUUGAGCUCAUCCAGUCAGAUGUGUCUCAGUACCCGUUCCACCAGCAGCCUCCCACGUACCUCAGAGCUCACCGCUACAAAUACUGGUUCACUAAAACACUAGCUGAUGGGUCGUAUCCUCAGCGCUGGUGGAGGAGGGUGUACAUAGAGGAGUUCUAUCCCACAGUGUAUCUGGGCGACACCUUCCUGGAGAGCAUGCUUAGCCAGCAUGGACUCAAGGAUAAGUCCCUCCCUCGGCGUGUGUCUGAGGCAGCUGUGCCCCAGGUGGUGAAGUGGGUGCGCUCUCAGGUGAGGGGUGUGUCUGCCCCCCUGCUGCUCUGGAGCCUCCUCUUCUGCAGUGUCACCCUCUGUCUGCUCCGGGGACUGCAGCUGGAAGUUACACUCAAGACCAAACCUACUGCAGCCAAGGCUGAACCAAAACCAAAACCCACAGCUACACCCCACCAGCCUGAUGCUAAGGAGGCCAAUUCCAACGACAAAGAUGGUCUAGGACAAAGACAGGAGGAGGAGGAGGAGCGGGAGGAGGUUGAUGCAGAAGAGGAUGAUGCAGAAGAGGAUGAGCGAAGGGGGGAAGACGAGGAGAGUGAAAGAGAAGAGAACGAUGUAUUAGAUGAGGUGGAAGAAGAAGAGGAUGGAGAAGAAGAGGAGGGGAGUGUUGACUGACUGUCUCAAGAAAUAGUUUCCUCCUGACCCCUGAACAUGGGAUUUGGUAGCCCUCCCUUCCACUAACUCUGUGUCCUAGUGCUCAGGAGAAAGCUGCCUGUCUUGACUACCUGUCUGCCUUUCCCUAACAAUAACUUUCUCACCAAAGAAUUUCGUUGAUGCUUUAUUCUACAUUUGACAAUCACUUUAUUUGAAAUGAAUAGACAAAUGUUUCCAAUUAUCUAUAGUAUUAUUACAACCAAGAGAAAAUAACUUUUUUUGUCAGUGUCCUUGUAAUUGUACAUGUCUACGUGUGUGUGUGUUAAAGGGUGUUUGGUUUGCCACUGUGGUCCUUUGCUUUGCUACCAGAUAUAAUGUACUGAAUCACCAAUUCUGCACUUUCCCGCCAAGCGUCUUUCCACGUUUGAAAAAACAUCACAUCCAUGAAUGGAAAAUGUUAAUGUUUUUGUAUCAUUUAUAAUAAAGAUAGGAAAUGUA